AUGCUGGCCGACACGCCGGCAGAUGAUCCGCAUGGCGAGGCGGCGCCAGCCGAGGAGGAGGAGGAGCCGAUCGUGUACGACGGUCCGCUACCAGCCGACAUCGCCGGCACACCGUUUGCCAUCUUUCGCGCCGUCGACAUCUGGGAGCGGCUGGCCUCGCACCCUGACACGCGGCCGCACGUCGCCGACUCGGGCUUCCGCGCGGCGGUCGAGCGGCUGCGCGCGCUCGACGGGCAGGCGGCGGCUCGCGAGGUGAUGGAGGACCCGCGUCUGGCGCAGGCGCUGAUGGCGAUGCAGGGCGGGAAGGACCGGCUCAAGCUGCGGGAGGAGGACAUGCUGCAGGCCGAGGUUGGCGGCCGCAUGAAGCGGCGAACCCAGCGGGACCCGGUGCAGCUGCCUCACCUCGAGCGGGCGCACGGGCACGCGACGGCGGCGGCGGCGAAGGAGGCGGGCAACGCGCACUUCAAGGCGGGCGAGUACCCCGACGCCGCCGCGUGCUACGCGCGCGCGCUCUCCCUGGCGGCCGACGGGGGCGGAGGCGCGGCGGCGAGGGAGACGAGCUACAUGUACGAGCUCGGCUUCCCGCAGCGGCACUUUGGCGCGACCGAGCCGUGGGCGGAGGCCAUCAAGACCGAGGCGGCCGAGCUCUUCCACGCGGCGUCAGGCGUGGUGGGCGAGUGGGUCGAGGCGUUCAAGGCCAAGGCCACAGCCGUGGAGCUGUGA